CAGAAGUUUCGCCAACUCCAAGCAAUCGUCAUCUAGCAACAUGCAACGCCAUCAACUGACUUUGAUGUUCGGCAUGGCCCUCCUGUGGGCAGUGGCCAGCGGCACCACCCAACCGCCGAGCACCAGGCGUCCGCCGCUCAUUACCACCACCACCCCCCGCACCACGCCCCGCAACUGCCCGCUCGUGCCGCCGGUCUGCUCCAAGGCCAGUCCGCGUGUCUGCGGACGCACUCCGCGUGGCGAGUGCCAGCGCUUCGAGAACAUCUGCCAACUGAUACGGGCCAAUGGGCUGGGGCAGGUGGUGGGCGUGCGGCACACCCGCGACAUCGAUUGCCGCAACGUGAAGGGCAUCGGUGCCGCCAAUCGGCGACCCUGCUACAAUCCUUGCCCCGCACGUCCCGUCGUCUGCAAGAGGUCGCCGCCCAGCCAGCACAUCUGCGUGCGGAGCAGGAACGGCAGGCAGUGCAAGGUGCUGGCCAACAGCUGCCAGCUGCGUAACCAGAACUGCCACAGCCAGCCCAGGAACAACUGGCUGCGCACCGACAGCCGGCGCUGUGGCCAACUGCAGCUGGGCGAUAAGCCGCAGGUUUGCAUCCGGUUGCCAGUCCGGCCCAGAAUCACCACUCGACGCACCUCCACCACUCGGCGCCGCACCACCAGCACCUCCAGCACCACCGCCACCACCACCGCCAGUUCCGCCUAAAGGAUCUGAGACAUUGGUAGCCACGCAUUUGCAUUUUUUUUUCUUCUUCCAACAAUAAAAAUCACAAAUGAACUGCAA